AUGGGGUCCGACUUGGCUAGUGUGGAUGGUCUGGUGGCGAAGAUGGGUUAUGAGUUCAAGAUCCGUGAUAUGGGUGCUCCGUCCUUCUUUCUUGGUAUUGAGACGAUACCGGUUAAGGAUGGAUUGCUUCUUUCUCAACAACGCUACAUGACGGACAUUCUGAAGCGUGCUGGUAUGGUUGAAUGUAAGCCGUUGGUUACUCCUGUAUCUCUGACUCGUGUUGGUACUGAUCCGCCGGUUCCGUAUGCUGAUCCGACUCAAUACCGCAGUCUAGCUGGGGCUCUGCAGUAUCUUACAGUGAUUCGGCCCGACUUGUCCUAUGCGGUGAACAGACUCUGUCAGCACAUGCAUGCGCCUACAACGGAGCACUGGGGCAUGCUGAAGCGUGUUUUGCGCUAUGUUAAAGGUACCCUUAAUCUUGGUCUUCGUCUUUGUCGCUCUUCUUCGACUGAUAUUCUUGCUUUCUCGGAUUUCGGCUGGGCUGGUUACCCGGAUGACCGCAAGUCCACUGGUGGUUUUGCAAUUUUUUAUUGUCAGAAUUUGGUUUCCUGGGUCUUUCGGAAGCAACGUACGACGGCCCGGUCCUCUACGGAAGCUAAAUAUAAGGCUUUGGCUGAUGUAUCUGCUGAGCUAACUUGGCUGGUCUCGCUGCUUACUGAGCUCGGUUUCUCGCCUGCUUCUCCGCCCAAGCUGUGGUGUGAUAACUUGGGUGCCACGUAUUUGUGUGCAAAUCCGGUGUUUCAUGCUCGGACUAAGCACGUUGAGAUCGAUUACCAUUUUGUUCGGAACAAAGUGGCGAAGAAAGAGCUGCAGGUUCACUUCAUUUCUACGAAGGAUCAAUUGGCUGAUAUUUUUAGCAAGGGCUUAUCUGGGCCUCGGUUUACUUUUCUUCGUGGCAAGAUCAAUGUUGCUGCUCCUCAACCUUGUGCUUGA